AAUAAUAAUAAUGUAAACAGUUAAACAACAGAAAACUUUUAUUUGCAUAAUUAUUGUCGAGAAUUUUCUGAUAAAAUUCCCAAAAAUGCCAAUAGAGCGAGAUGAGACGAGAAUAUAAAUGUGUGAACACGUUGAAUGUUUUUCAUUGGAAAUUUACUUUGCAAAAUUGAUGAAGUGUUUUCAUUAUAAUAAAAGUGAAAAUGAAGCGGUUGAUAACUUUGAGUUUUUUGCUAACCGUUUUGACUAUGGUUAUGAUGCAAGAAGUUUCCAAAAGUCAACUGAUUCAUAUUUUGAACGUCCCAGUUAAUGAUAAAUCCAUCAAAGAAUCCAGAGAAAAGCUAGAUGAAACAGCUUUUAAGAAAAGAUGUACGUAUGGAAAAGAAGAGAUACAAAGCUUGGAAAAUUCCAAAUUGGUUCGAAAGAAAUCCGUACGAAGUGGUGUUGAUGACAAAAAAAUAAUGGAAUGCGUCUCGAAUGCAAAUGCAAUAAUUGAUUUUUUCGAAAAAAGGCAUUACGAAGCACAAAAAAGAACUAACGGAAUAUAUGACAUUGGACUGUAUCAACGAGAUCUAGCGGGACUUGAGGCCGAAGCUGAUAAGCUAUCAAUUAUUUAUUUGUCAAUUAUAGAUCCACAUAAGCGGACAAAAAUUGAGAAUAUCUGUGAUGACAUAUACGCAAAUAUGAUAAGAAUGCGAGCAAGCGUUUAUGUACACAACUGGAUAACAAAAGCUUCGGCUGCGGUGGGUGCAUCAGCUGGAAUUGUUUUGGGUGGAAUACCUGGGGCCACAAUUGGAAGUGCCGUUGGCUACUGGGCUGGAAAACAUUUCAUAAAAAUUGACCCAUGAUUCAAUUAACUUGAUUUUGAGAUAACUUUCAUCUCAAAAGAAUUGAAGUAAAGAUGAUAUCAAA